UGUUUCUAAAGUGAGUAAAGCAUAUAAAUCAAGUGGAGACAGAGAGGGAGCAACUAAGAGGAAGAGAUAGAGAAAUGGGUGGAGAAGAAGAGGGAUCAGGAAAUAGUAAAGAAAAAAGAGGGGAAGAAGUAGUUGAUGCUGGUUCUCUCUUCGUCCUUAAAUCCAAAGGGACAUGGUGGCACUGCGGAUUCCACUUGACGACGUCGAUAGUGGCGCCGCCGCUACUUAGUCUACCGUACGCUUUCAAGUUCUUGGGAUGGGUCGCCGGAAUAUCAUGUCUAGUAGGAGGAGCGGCCGUGACUUUCUACUCAUACACACUUCUGUCUCUCACCCUCCAGCACCAUGCUUCCCACGGCCACCGCUACCUCCGGUUCCGUGACAUGGCUUACCAUAUCCUCGGUCCGAAAUGGGGGAGGUACUACGUGGGACCAAUACAAAUGGCGGUGUGCUAUGGUGUGGUUAUUGCCAAUGCGCUUCUUGGAGGCCAAUGCCUUAAGGCAAUGUAUUUGGUAAUGCAGCCUGAUGGGGGAAUGAAACUCUUUGAGUUUGUGAUUAUCUUUGGAGCUUUGCUUUUGGUUUUGGCACAAAUCCCAUCUUUUCACUCUCUACGGCACAUCAACUUCUUCUCUCUCCUCCUUUGCCUUCUCUACAGUGCUUCCGCCUCUGCUGCUUCCAUCUACAUUGGAAAAACAUCAGAUGCACCAGAGAAGGAUUAUUCAAUCGUUGGUGACCAAGAAACUAGAGUGUUUGGAAUCUUUAAUGCCAUAGCCAUUAUUGCCACUACAUACGGCAAUGGCAUUAUACCCGAAAUUCAGGCAACAAUAGCAGCGCCAGUGAAAGAAAAAAUGUUGAAAGGAUUGUGUAUGUGUUACAUUGUAGUGAUAGUAACAUUCUUCACCGUAGCCAUAACAGGGUAUUGGGCGUUUGGUAAUAAAGCCAAUGGACUUAUCUUCACUAAUUUCUUAAAUUCCGAGACAGACCAUUACUUGGUUCCUACUUGGUUUAUUUUUCUCAUCAACCUCUUCACCGUUCUUCAACUUUCAGCUGUUGCUGUGGUAUACCUACAGCCUAUAAACGAUAUACUGGAAAGUGUAAUCAGUGAUCCAACAAAGAAAGAAUUCUCAGUACGCAAUGUCAUCCCUCGACUAGCUGCUCGUUCCCUCUUCGUCAUGGUGGCUACAAUCUUCGCGGCAAUGCUUCCAUUUUUUGGAGACGUGAACUCCUUGUUAGGUGCUUUCGGGUUUAUACCUCUGGACUUUGUUCUACCUGUCGUGUUCUUCAACUUCACGUUCAAGCCAUCUAAAAAGAGUUUCAUAUUUUGGAUCAACACUUUGAUCGCCGUGGUCUUUUCUUGUUUAGGAGUGAUUGCUAUGGUCGCCGCGGUUAGACAGAUUAUUAUGGACGCCAAUACGUAUAAGUUGUUUGCGGAUGUAUAAAAAACACAUGCAAGCUUUCCGAGUGAGAUACUGAGAUUGUUAUCUAUACUAUUAAUUGGGAAGGACAACUUGAAGCCAAA